AAGCUGGUAGCUCCGAGAGCUUUUGGAGCCGAUUGAUCUAACCAGGCAGAGCCAGGACCUCGAGAUCUUGGCCUUAGCCCCUGACAUGGGCCUGCCGAGCAGAUAAGCCCGUCAGAUUUCCAUUGUUUCUUUUAGGGUGUAUUAUUUAUUGGCGCCAUCAAUCAGCCGACAGCCGGUUGGGUGGAGUAUUUGCGGACCCACCAACCACUGGAAGUAGCGCCAUGGAUCUCGUGUCGCCGCGUCGUGCGUUGAUAAUCUUGGCCCUCGUUGCGGUACUCGCGUGUACGACGGUGGCGCAAGAAUACUGCUUCCCUUCCGACUAUGCCCGUUUGUCCACAGCAUGCACGGGGACGACGCGUCAGGUGGAGUACAAGAAGGUUCGCGAUUGUAAAGACCCCUUCCCCAUCCAGGAGAUCCACGACGAGCCGUGCACGUGUACGCCCGAGGACUACACUCUCCAGUACAAGACCACGCCUGGGCCCAACUGCACGGAGGAGUUCGUUCCCAACGCAGGGUGUGCCAGUGGUUCUGUAACUGGCAAAGUCAGCGUCGACCCCUUCUUCUGCGAGCUGAGCGCGGUGCCGUGCACGAAGGAGCACCUGCGCGUGGCGUACUCGCAGUGCCUGGGCGAGGCGGGCGUCACUGUCUCCACUGAAGAGGGCGAGAAGCCCGCUGCCCAGGUGAUCUUCUUCUUCAACAAGUCGUGCAACCCAUCAGCCAAGGGCUCCGCUCACCUCCCCCCCCUCAAGUACAUUGCAUGUGACGCCAAGUGCGGCCCUGGCACGUUUCUGCACGCUGACGAAUGCAAGACAUGCGCCGCAGGCACGUACAGCAUGGGGGGCGGCAUGCGGCUGGACAAGAUCUACGAGCUCGACAAGAAGUACUUCAAGACCACAUGCGAGUACUUCAAUGCCACGGGCAAGCAUACGUGCGAACCGUGGUACGUAGAAGAUGGAGCGGUCAAAAUAGGGGCGUUUGACGGCCCAAACGACUAUCUGCGAGACGAGUGCGAUGCGGACCCGGACUACGACUGCCACAACAACCUGCGCGCCGUGCUGCAGAUGACUGUGCGCCUCGUCAGGCCGGGGUACGUUAAGUUCAACUACACGGUGAAUGCCGAGAAGGGUCUGGACGGGCUCUCCUUCUUCAUCGACGUCUCAGAGCAGCCCGUCAUGCCCCUUGACUCCUUCCAGUUCCACCCGAAGCAGGUGAUGUUCAACCUGUCGGAGGGCUACCACCACCUCACGUGGCUCUACUCCAAGGACCACGAGUUCACACGCGGCCAGGACACUGCUGCCAUUACUAUGAUAGAGGUGGACGGUACAGAUUUCAACGACCACCGCUGCAAGCCCUGCGAGCCUGGCUUCUUCAGUGCCGAGGGCGCAACAGAGUGUGUCCCAUGCCCCAUCGACCACAUCUCCAAGGGCGGAGCAGCGCAGUGCGAGGCGUGUCCUGAGAACACAUAUUCGCAGCACAUUCCCCGCUCGCAGUGCUUCCCCAAGCCCACGUGCAGUCUGGAGAAGCAUGCGCGCUACACCUACACGCCGUGCAUGUCCGCCACCAACACACGCACCAAGAAGUAUGAGUGGGUGCAGCCCAAGGUGUGUGCGGGGGGGGAAGAGCUGCCAGUGGAUCUCACCCAGACCUGCCCGCCCUGCCCCUCAGGCCAAUACUACGAGGACGCCCCAGAAAACGGCACCAAGUCCUGCGUUUUCUGCCCUCCCGGCACGGCGCGCGAUGCCAACAAUGAGACGAUGGGCAACGUGUGUGUGCGGUGCGAGCCGGGCAACGUGGCGAUCAAGGCGUUCAAGCUUGAGCACUUUGCGCGGCAGCACGGGGGCCUCCCAGAGGGCUUCACCACUGGGUGCCGCGGCCAGUGCGGGUCGCCCGGCUGGCAUGUGGUCAACGAACGCCUCGAGUCCGGCGCAGGGCACGGCCAGUCCGUCUCGGUGUGGCUCAAGUACGAGGUGAACAUGGAGAUGGACGGCCAGGUCACCUUCAACUACUCAGCGCACCUGCCGCCGGGUGACACGCAGAGGGGCCUCUUCUUCUACGUUGACGAGGACCUCGUUGUGGCCAGCGAGGAGGGGUACGAGGAGGGGGCCUCGGACGCAGUGGUGACAACAGACCCGUGGGAGCUGAGGAAGGGCAAGCACACGCUCAUGUGGGUGUGGAUCAAGCUGCAGGACCAGCAGAACGAUACCACUGACGGCGCCAUUAUUUAUGACGUCCUUAUUGAUGCGGCAGCAAGGGGAGGGGCGAGCUUCUGUGAGCCGGUGCCGGAGGGGGCUGAGCUGGCGGGGCAGGGUUCGUUCUGGACGGUGUGCCCUGCUGGGCUCUACAGCGAGGGGCUCACUGCCAACUGCACCGCGUGCCCGCCCAACACCUACAACGACGUGCCAUUUGGGAGCAAGCUGGCCUGUCAGCCAUGCAGCCCCGGCACCACUUCCCUAGCAGGCAGCAGCGAGUGCACCAUUGGGGACGUGGCUGUACCCUCCUCCUACUGCUCCUACGUGCCCCCCGCCUCGGAGGAAGACGCCAAGAUCCCCCUCACCAUCUUUGACCUUUCGCCGCUCUCCCGCCGCCACCCCGGGCGCAUGUUCGGGCCGAUUUUUGACAACCCCAAGGCCAAGAACCGGUCCGAGGGAGCGCUGUACUAUGUGAACAUGUGCGAGAGGGAUCGGAGCAACCACACGUGCGCGAGUGUGCGCGGCGCACCGAUGAACACGUACGCGUGCAAGAUCAACCCUGUGACGAAGCUGGACAAGCGGCAGGCGCACCGCCUGGCGCACAACCUGGGGAAGAAGAUCAAUCUGUCGCCGCUGGGGCAGGGCGAGGCGCUGUUCCGCAGGGGCUUUGUGAUGACGAUGACGGGGGACACGUGUGUGAACGAGGACAAGGACCGCGAGCUCAACAUCACCUUCAUCUGUGACCCCAACGCCGGCUAUGGCGCACCAGAGGCAUGGACAGAGAGUGGCAAGAAGGCUGCUCUGGACCCGACGCUCAAGUUCCCCUCAUGGGUGGACCGUACGGGCGCUGUCGUGCCCAUCGGCAACGAGGCGACAUGCACAUACGACAUGGUGUGGUACUCGGCGUUUGCGUGCCCCAUGUGCACGUACGACGACUAUGAGAUGGUCACCGUGCCCAACUGCAAGGACAACAAGUUCGUCGUGUUCAAAUACAAGGAGCCCAAGCUGUGCCAGCCCAACCCGCAGGCGCCACUACCGGACGACAUUCCCUGCCAGCCGUGCGCGGGGUACGUGUCAAGCAACAGCACGUGUGCGGACGUCCACGGGCGCCACAACGUCACCUACAUGUACGAGGAAGAGGGUUCCUGCAACCCUAACCUCAACGGCUCCGUCAAGCUCCCGUCCCCAGUCGUCGUCGGCCCCUGCGUGCAGACGCUCUAUAUCGAGUCGGCUGAGUUACUCAAUGGGAAGUACGUGCUGCUGGGCGCGCUGGGCGGCGUGCUGGCCCUGGUGCUGCUGGUGGUGUGGGUGGUGACUUAUAUCAAGUCGCGGCGGCUGUAUAGUGCGUACUCGAAGCUUGUGGAGGAGCAGGAGCAUGGGGGAGGGGAGGAGGAAGGGGAGGGGCCUGGAGGCGGGGCAGAGUUGCAGGAGGUGGAGAUGGCGGGGAAUGAGAGGACGCGGUUCACACAGGAUGAGACGGAUGACAAGUACUGAAAGGGAAGGAUGGAUGGUUGGAUGGAUGGAUGGAUGGUUGGAUGGACGGUGGAUUGAGAUGUGAAUCACAAGGGGAUGGCAAGUUGCCAUGGCAACAGUGCGCAUGUGGUAUUUUUGGUGUUGGAUAUUGCGUCACUGACUACUGUAGUCGUACCAGCUAGGAGAUGAGGAUAUUGUGAACCAAACAUAGAUUUCGCUGUGUGAAUCACUCAUUCUGGCUAUCUAGGAGUGAACCCAAAGAGAUGUGAUGUCCUACAUGACAUGUCUAUUCAAGU